ACGUUCAACAGUCAACUUAAUUGAAAAAUAAAAGGAAACACAGAGGUCUUGAUCAAUGUUUGGCAGUUCCCUUAUUUCUUCUCCAAGAAUUUUCAUUUCCAUUUUAAUUUCUCUUUCACACUUAACACCAACAUCGAAUCCCCAUUAUAUUCCCUUUCUUUUCUGCAAAUUCCCAUUUUAAUUUCUCUUCCUCUCCUUCUCUCUCUUCUUUCUCUCACUACAAUCAGAGGCAGACCCCAUGUCCGCCUCCUCCUUCGACGCCGGCGACUCCCCCUUUUGGGUGGAUCACCGCUCUAACCGAAACCACCCAUACAAUUUAAACAACAGAAUUAUGCUCAGCGCCAUCAUUUCCCUUUCUCUUGUCGUUCUUUUGGUCAUUGCCCUUCACAUUUACGCCCGUUACGCCCUCCGUCGUCACGCCCGACGCCAAGCCGUUCUUCGCCGCCGUGGAAUCCUCGCCCUCGUUGUCUCCAGCGACCUUCCGCCACCGCCGCGGCACUCCGGCCUCGACCCCCUGGUCAUGGCGUCUCUGCCAGUCGUCGUUUUCAAACACCAAUUGGAAAACCCAGCUGCCGUAGAGUGCGCCGUGUGUUUGUGCGCCGUCGAGAACGGCGAGGAAGCGAGAGUUUUACCCAAUUGUAAACAUACUUUCCAUUUGGAAUGUAUUGAUAAAUGGUUUGGGUUGCAUUCCACGUGUCCAAUUUGCCGGACGGAGGCGGCGCCGAUGAUUCGGCCGGAACCCCGGGAGGCUCCGGUGGCGGAGAGCGGCGGUGGGUCAAGCUCCCGAUUGAGUUCAUUUGGACGGAUUCUAAGUAGAGAAAGGUCUUCAAGAAGAAUUCAACCUUGUGUUCGCGAAAAUGGAAACGACGACGUUCAAGACUUGGAGAGGCAGCAAAUGUCAAUGUAAAGAGAUUAUUUUUUCUUUCUUAAUUACAUUUUUCUCUU